AUGAGCCGCUCGGAUCAAAGAGCCUUGGAAGCCUUGUGUGGCCUUCCAGUCCUCAUCUGCACCGGUAUCGGCAUCUUGGUGAUCAGCAUCGUCGACCGUCUGCGCAGGCCUUGGUCCUCGAAUUACCAGGAGACCGUCAGCCGCAACACCGAAGCUCUUGUCCGCAAGGGACCUAACGACGAGAAAGAUGGCCUGAAAAGUCAAGAGCCCUAUCGCAAUAGGUCCGAGGACGUGCAAGCAGAAGGUCGUCAGCCUGUUGACCGGCAUGAACCACAACAGCGCCUAACUCCUUCGCCGCGACAACACCUUUCGUCGGAAACACUUCAACAAGCCGAACCAGUCGACACUUUUACACAUUCUAUCCAUCCAACCUUUGACAUAGCCGCUCAGACAACCGCUCUAGCCGACAACCGUGCCCGGCUCAACGAGGAGUCCGGUCAUGGUCUCAUCAGACGGACUCCCACGCUGACACGAUUAUACGAGAGCAUCGGUGCUGCUAUUCCUUUCAUCAACGGCAACGGCAGCACCAACGCCGACUUCUACAACAACCCUGGCCACGUUAGCCCACCACUUGGCUCACCCGACACGGUCCUGUCGCAGCGAGGCUCUUUUUCUGGAGCUCCCUCGGUGAGGUCUAGGCCGAUAUCAACUGCGUCCGUUAUGAGUGGCUCCACAGCUGGGUCGCCACUUAACAGCUAUGGCGGGCAAGAGUCGAUCUUGAGGGGUGUCGGAACGGGUACAACCUCGAGUCCAUCGAGGUCUAUUGAUCAGAUUGUUAAGAGCCCCGGUCAGGAGUUGAAUGCCAUGAAGGUGGAGGUAUGA